AUGGCAGAAAACCCCACACCACCAACAGACACCCCCAGCCAGUCUCGCAACCCCAUCCCACCAACCGACGACCCGCCACCCACCUUACCACCCAACAAAGAAAUCCUCGCCUCCGCCAUCCACAUGACAAACACAACCCGCUUCCUCCACCUCCUCUCCCACGCAAAAGCCCUAAUCACCCUUCACGGCCCCUACACCACCCUCCCCACCACAUCAGUCUUCUCCCGCUCUCUCAAGCCAUCCAAACCACCCAAACACCCUUCUUCUUCGUCCUUGUCCUCCUCCACAACCCUCAAAUCCCUCGCCCUCACCCUCGCCGCCGCCCAAGACAGUACUUAUAGCACCUACACCGCCCAACCCCCCAGCCCCACAAAAUCCGACCUCGACUUCUUCACCCUCCUCUGGGACAGUUCCAUCGUCGUGCUCGAAGAAAUAUUAUCAGUAGGCGAUUUGCCACAAGAGUCCUUCGGUUGGGGGGUUUAUGGGAUGGCGGCGGGGUACAUGCAUCCUCCCCCUUCUACGCUUUCUCAUUCCCAUGAUCUGAGUCAGGAGAACAUGUUCAUGCGGAACAAAGAGAGGUUGAAGGAUGCGCUUUGGAGGAAAGAAGGGGGGAAGGAAGAGGUAGCGAAGCUAGAGACGAAGAAAGGGAGUGGGAAAAAGGUUACUUUUGAGUUUCCUUGA